AUGAUUGCAAUAUUGGAUAACUAUGACUUUGUGAAAGAUGACUUCAAAUAUUUCGCAAGAGAGACACUAUACAGAAAACCAUACAACAUCAAACACAUAGCAUUGGAUAGAAUAACACCGUCGAGUGCAAAGAAUAGUAUUCAAUCGUAUCGAUGGUUGGAUGGCAUCAAAGAUAAUAUCUAUCUGCAAGCUAGAUUCGGUUUCAAAUCAACUCUUAUCGAUAGUUUGUUGAAAUUGGAGCAACAAUAUAGUCGUUAUAUUUGGUUUGAUAAAAAGAAUAAUGAUAAUCUUCAACAACAACAACAACAACAACAAGAAAGUGGUGAUAAUAAUAAUAAUUAUAAUAAUAAUAAUAAUGAUAAAGUGGAGAAGAUUGGAUUUGUACCAAAUCUAUUCAAGAUAAUAGAGAAUGCAUGUAUUGGUGAACGAGUAGAUAUAGUUGAAUACAUCUAUCACAGAUACCAUCGACACCUUCCAGAGGUAAUAAUGUACAUCUAUCAAUCAUCGAUCAUUCACGGACCACUGAAAUCAUUUCUGUUCAUCUAUCACCUUCAUCCCGAUCAAUCAUACAUUCGAGAGAUAACCAACUAUGCAAGAUUUAUCGAUCAAGAUGUAUUGUUGUAUUGUUUAUCUAAUUUUGGUAUACCUUCUUUUGGUGAUCAACAAGGAGUAUAUAGAUACAAACACCAACCUCCUAGUUGGUAUUAUACAUCACCUAGUUAUGAUGUUGAUAAUAUUAAAAUAUCUGAUAUCAUCAUUGAUACUUGUCAAUCUCUUCAUAAUAAUAAUAAUUAUAAUGAUAUUUACAACAUUGACACAUAUCGAGUGGAUGUUGUUCAAUAUUUACACAGCAUUGGAAAGUCUAAUUUUUGGGCAGUCCGUGACGCAGCAAAACUAAAUAACUUUGAAACAUACAAAUACCUAAAUUCUGUUCAUCGAGAACAGGUCUGUGACUCACUCGACACGAUAUUUCCAUUUAUAACACUCGAGUGUUUUAAAAUAGUAUUGGAAGCUCAUUUAAAAGAUUCAAUCCGACCCAGUUUAAUUGAUCUAUUGGAAUAUCUAAUCAAUCAAUUUCCAAGACACCCAUUCUAUUUCGAUCUUUGGCAAUCAGUUCGUGCUCAAGAUCACUCGAUGGAGAUUGCUAAACUUUUAAUAUCAAAUUUCGAAUUUAAUAAUAAUAUAAAUAAUAAUAAUAAUAAUAAUAAUAAUCAUAAUCAAAAUAAUAACAAUAAUAUAAAUGAUCUUCAUUUCAUAAUAGAUUGGGCUCGGAUUAACUUUAAGGAUUUCAACAAAGAAACAAUGAUCUAUUUAUUAAAAAAAGCAAUAGAAUACAAAUCAAUUGGAAUAUCAAUAUACAACCCAUUAGAAGAGGAAAGGAUAUAUUUGAAAAGGGGCUGA